AUGGACACAGAUUUGCGUGGUCUUUUUUUCCCUCUGAAUGUCGUUCUGUUUUUUUUCAUUCCAUCCUCACAGAUCAGCAUCUUUAUGACCCACCUGUCCAACUACGGGAACGACCGUCUGGGUCUGUACACCUUUAGGAACCUGGUGAAGUUCCUCCAGACAUGGACCAACCUGCGGCUGCAGACCCUGGCGCCUGUGCAGCUGGCCCAGCGCUACUUCCAGAUCUUCCCCGAGGAGAGGGACCCCAUCUGGCAGGACCCCUGUGAGGACAAAAGGCACAAAGACAUUUGGUCCAAAGAGAAGACGUGCGACCGAUUCCCGAAGUUGCUCAUCAUUGGACCACAGAAGACAGGCACCACAGCCCUGUAUCUGUUUCUAGGGAUGCAUCCUGAUUUGACCAGUAACUACCCCAGCAAGGAGACCUUUGAGGAGAUCCAAUUCUUCAACGGCCACAACUACCACAGAGGCAUCGACUGGUACAUGGAGUACUUUCCCCUACCCUCCAACACCAGCUCAGACUACUACUUUGAGAAGAGCGCCAACUACUUUGACUCGGAGGUGGCUGCACGCCGGGCUGCCGCCCUCCUGCCCAAGGCCAAAAUCAUCACCAUCCUCAUCAACCCUGCAGACAGGGCCUACUCAUGGUACCAGCACCAACGUGCCCAUGGUGACUCAGUCGCCCUGAAGUAUACUUUCCAUGACGUCAUCACUGCUGGCCGCAAUGCCCCCAUCAAGCUGCGGGUGCUCCAGAACCGCUGUCUGGUACCGGGCUGGUACGCCACCCAUCUGGGCCGCUGGCUAAACCACUACCACCUCAGCCAGAUUCUGGUUCUGGAUGGUCAGGUGCUGAGAACGGAGCCUUUUGCUUUGAUGGACAAGAUCCAGAAGUUCCUUGGGCUGACGAACACACUGAACUACCACAAGAUCCUAGCGUUUGAUCCCAAAAAAGGGUUCUGGUGCCAGUUGUUAGAUGGGGGGAAGACCAAAUGCUUGGGCAAGAGUAAAGGACGGCGAUACCCCGAGAUGGACACAGAUUCUCGCACCUUCCUUAGGGAGCAUUACAGGGACCACAACAUAGAGCUGUCCAGGCUGCUCUAUAAGAUGGGCCAGCCUCUGCCCAGCUGGCUCAGGGAGGAGCUAAUCCACACCAGGUAGCCUCAGCAUGGCCAGGGACACAAGGACAGAGACGCCACCCCAGCCUGCUCACACAUAGGGGGUGCACUCUCCCCUCCGCUCCAGCCAGCCAGCGCCACGCAGGGUGACCAGGAGCUGAGGAAGCGGGAGAGACACAGCAGGCCCUCCAUGCCCACUCAACCCAGUGGCCCCCAACGACCCCAGUUUGGGGUGUGGGCCUCCAGAAGGGAAAGAGGCAGGGGUGAAGGAGAGACAUGAACUGUGUUUAGGAUUGCUCUAUUUCUUUCUCCGAAAGAAUGACAAAGUGCCCGUCUUGACCAUGGGCACAUGCACACAGCAACGCUGGGGCAAAGCGAGAGGAGGGAGGGAUCAAAGAGAUGUAUCAUUUCCUCAAGGAGAACCAAUGUUAUUAUUCGGUCUCACACAGACAGGCAGACACACUCACUCUCUGUGUGCUCUGCAGAGGGCGGAGAAAGACUUUGUUUCUCUGUGCCAGUAAAGGAAAAAUACACUAGCCAAUAAUGGAUCUUCAAGUGCCGGAGUGGAUUGUUAAUUUGAAAGUAUUUCUGAAUUUAUAUUUGAAUCAUUAACACUCAUAUACUGCAGGAUGUCUGUAUUUCUUCCCGAGCUGUUAUGGUUGCACAAUGCAUCUUUCGAGCAUUGUGUGUUCCUUUCAACUGUCCCAUGUUUUUAAUCUGUGUUCAUCUGAAAACAUAACUGGAGUCCACGAUAUUGCUCCCACAGACCACACUGAUACUUGACCUUUAUCAAGUCAAAUCACCUUUGGGUCUCUAAGACCUUCAAUUGAAUGAAUCCACAGUACAGUGGGAUUAAAAAAGUGAAAACGGUAAUAUUUCCAAAUGAGACCAGCUUGCUUUGUUUUGGUCAGUGAAACGUUGUCCUUGGUCGGAACUGCCUUAAUAAUGAAAUAUUGAAAACCCAUUCCUAAAUACAGCUGGACCCUACCAUGUCUGUAGAGUACACUACAAACUGAACGUAAAUGUGACAUGAAAAAUGUAGCUGCGUGUUUUUUAAGGCCUUAAAGUGGAUAUUUCACUCCAAGGAGACGGGCAUCCUCGUCGCCAUCCAACUUGUUACUGUACCAAGCACGUCUCUUGAUUUUCCGCUAAUCGAGCAGGAUGUUGAUUCCAUGGUCUUUCCCAACUCAACUGACUCGAGCUCAAUCACUUCCCUAUUCAUUCUGUCAUUUGAUUUGUUACUCCUUUUGUGCCUGUACAAUAGGUGAGUGCAGAAUAGAAGGAUAUCUUUUGAUCGGCUCCAAUGGGGGAAGGAUACUGGUACCCCUAGCCCUUGUCUCCUAGUUUCCAGAUACAGACAACACGGUCUUCCCUUCCACUUGGAAUGGCUUUGCCACAUGUUGUGGUCAAACCAACACACCCGGGGAGCGUAGGUCACAGCAACAUAUCUCUAGCUCUGCAGCGGUUGAUGUAGUAUGCCCUUUGAACCCAAGCCCACUGGAUCAGUUGGUCGUGUAAAUGGCGGCCUGUAAGAAGUGGUCCUUAUCCUUCCUUGUUGGAUGGCUCUUAAAGGUUCACACUGUCCCACGUCAUCCUCGGACGUUGUUCAUCAACGCAUCUUAUAGUCCUAGUCAUAGUGUCCAAUCAGGUGUGUUCUGCAAAGACUUUGGGAAAAUUAAGAGGUGAAAUUGGAUUUGAAGCUGCAAAUUCAAGACUGUUAAUCCCACCCUCUGGAGGAGCUGGGGUGUUCUAUACAGGAGACAUUGAGAGCCUUUUCUUUUCUCAGUUUAUUAGUCAAGGUUAUAGGAAUGUAAACUCACUUCAUUUUAUCUCCUGUCAGUUGCAAUGGAUGCAUAUACGAAUAAUAUGAACAUAAUCUGGGAGGUUAAUGUUUCUUUGUUGUAUUCCAAUCCGGUAUGUACAAAUACAUGAUCUACUCUGAAUCCAUGCUCUCCUAGAAGCACAGUAUUUACUUCUCAACACGGUGUAAGAAGAAGGUUUUGGGACAACUUUCCUGUUAAAGAGAACCGUCCUUGUUUGUGUGAGGGAUUUUGCAGUGCUCCAGAAUUCGAGGGUCCAUUUAGCAUUUUGUAUAACUUGGGCCCUUGUAAAGAAGUGUGGUCUUAUGGGUCCAUUCUAGAUUAAUUGUAUUUAAAGUACCAAAUCAUGCACCUUGUGUGGUGACACACCACGCAUGCACAAAUGCUGCUCUCAUUUCAAUUUGUUCAAGGAGCUGUAAUAUAGUCACAAAUCCUUUGUUUUGUCAUUUCCUUUUUACUUUUGAGCUGUUUUACAAUGCAAUAUAAAGUACAAUUGUUCUGGUUCAGAGUAUCAGGGAGGGUGUUGUGUUGUUUGAGCCUAGAAACUACGGUCAGGAGAUGGGCCGAGCGAGUUCCCAUGUCUGGGCAGUUCCUUCUUUACCCCACUCACUCAGCAGGAGUCCCAGUGAAUUUCACUCUGUAUGAUAAUGUUGGACAUUGAGUAGUGAUCAUUAACUAUAAGGAAAUGAUAAUCAUCUGGACUGUACAAUCAACCAAUUGUUGUUCAUAUUUUUUAUUGUUUGUAGCUAAUAUUUUUAAUUUACAAAUAAAGAAACCACUGUCUUUUAAA